CCCCUCUCGCUCGCGCCUCGCUCUCAGAAACUCCCAAUCCAGACACAGGCAAGGCGCUGUCCUUUCAGCACCACGAGCUCGGGCUGAGGAGGGAGGACUCCUGGCCGUCCUCCUCCUCUUCAAAUUGGCUUGAAUCUGCUCUGACCCCCCAAGAGUGCAUCACAGUCUGGGAAGAAAGGUGUAAGGAUGGUGAAGCUGAACAGUAACCCCAGUGAGAAGGGAACCAAGCCGCCUUCGGUUGAGGAUGGCUUCCAGACCGUCCCUCUCAUCACUCCCUUGGAGGUUAACCACUUACAGCUGCCUGCUCCGGAAAAGGUGAUUGUGAAGACAAGAACGGAAUAUCAGCCUGAACAGAAGAACAAAGGGAAGUUCCGGGUGCCGAAAAUCGCUGAAUUUACGGUCACUGUUCUCGUCAGCCUGGCCCUCGCUUUCCUCGCCUGCAUCGUGUUCCUGGUGGUUUACAAAGCCUUCACCUAUGACCACAGCUGCCCAGAGGGCUUUGUCUAUAAGCACAAGCGCUGUAUCCCGGCCUCCCUGGAUGCUUACUACUCAUCCCAGGACCCCAACUCCAGAAGCCGCUUCUACACGGUCAUCAGCCACUACAGCGUGGCCAAGCAGAGCACUGCUCGGGCCAUCGGGCCGUGGCUGUCCGCAGCUGCUGUCAUCCAUGAGCCCAAGCCGCCCAAGACCCAGGGCCAUUAGAGGCCCACCCCCAGCCAGAAUGGGGGGUGCAGAGGGGGACACCCCCAUUGGCUAAGCCAAGCUCCAGUUACAAGACACCACUGUACUCCUGGGAUAUGGGGGUGGGGG